UUUGCUUCUUGUCAAUUCCAGCCUUAAUUGCUGGUUCCUUUCUUAUUCUCUCCAGCCUUCAUUGCUGUUCCUGUUACUAUACAUUUUUUUCCCCCCCUCCUAUUCAAUCAUGGCGGAUGCUACAUCCUCAACGCGGCAAUUGUCUUCAACUAUGGAAGAAGAACAAAGUACACGGAACACAACAGAGCUUCAAAACAUCCAGGCAGCAUAUAGACUAAAUGGAAAAAAUUAUUUGAAGUGGUCUCAAUUGGUUCGAACAUUCCUGAAAGGAAAAGGAAAGUUGAGUCAUCUAUUGGAAAUAGCACCGGAUAGUGAAACGGCGGGGUUUGAAGCAUGGGAACAAGAGGAUUCAAUGAUCAUGUCUUGGUUAUGGAAUUCCAUGAUUCCUGAAAUCAGCGAUACAUGUAUGUUUCUUCCUACAGCAAAGGCAAUUUGGGAUGCCCUUCAUCAGACAUAUUCCAAGGUUAAUGAUGCAGCUCUUAUCUAUGACAUCAAGACAAAGACAACUGGAGCAAAACAAGGGACAAAAACAGUGACGGAGUAUGCCAAUUUUCUGCAAAACCAGUGGCAGGAACUGGAUUAUUACAGGGCACUUGAUUUGAACUGUAGCAAAUGUGCAGUGUUUAUCAAGAAGUUCAUAGAAAGGGAUCGAGUUUAUGAUUUUUUGGCUGGCCUAAACUCUGAAUUCGAUCUUGUACGAAUUCAAAUUCUGGGCAGGCCAGAGUUUCCUUCUUUAACAGAAGCAAUAUCCCAAGUACGUGGAGAAGAAAGUCGCAGGGGUAUUAUGUUAGAGCUACCUUCAAUAGAAAAUUCAGCCCUUUUAAGUUCCAAAUCUCAGCGGUUGGUACUGAACAAGGUUGCUGCGGACAAGACCAAUCAAACAAGUGGGCAAAAGAAUCGCGAGGAGUUGUGGUGCACAUACUGCAAGAAACCACAACACACCAUAGAUCAAUGCUGGAAACUACAUGGGAAACCACCCACUCGUGAAUGGGGACAAAAAGGUGGCCAGCAAAGGCAGGCUCAUAUGUCGGUUCAAGAUCCAACUCAAGUGAUUGGAGGGUUUAGUAUGGAGGAAAUUGAGAAGCUUAAAAGUAUGUUAGAGACAGUUGACAAACCAGCAACUAACAAUUCUCAAUCAAGGAAUCCGGGUAUGUGUUCAUUGACACUUUCAGGACCGGGGCUCGGGGAAGAGGAUUGGACUAGCUAAGGAGCAUGAUGGACUCUAUUACUUGGAUACAUCAAGUCAACCAGAAUUUAGUAAAUCUGCCCUGUCCACAUUGUCUUCACCCUCCAAUAAAGAUGUCAUCUGGUUACAUCAUAGACGUCUAGGUCAUGUGUCUUUUUCUGCAUUAAAAAUAAUGUUUCCUUCCU